UGUGACCUCGGUCGACAGAUGGCACGCUGGAGUCACGUGACCGAGCGCGGAAGGCGUUCACCGUAUCGUCGACGACGUUCGAUGUUGGCGUCUGACCGACGCUCCCCCUCGAAAUCCGAAAAUUCUACGCCGAGUUGGACGAAAACGACUCGAAAGGUUUUUAAUGGAACUUUAUGAUGUAAAGAUAUAAUAUUUUUGUGUUCAACAAAGAAACAUGAAGAAUAGACAGAAUUGUUCACAGAUUAUUUUCAAACAUGAGUAGUAGCACCCUAAAAGAAGAAGAAUUACUGGAAAGAGCAAAUGAAGAAAGAGCCACCAUUGUUGAGAAAUAUGAUCUUGGAAGAGACGAAUCCAAUCACAUAGAUCCCUGGGAAGAUCCGGCGUUCGAAGUCUAUCAUGUUACUGACAGAUACGGAUUUAUUCACAAUCAUAGACUUCCUGACAAAUUAACUUCUCAUGAAGCCAAGUUGCGAGAAUUGGAGAAUGAAAGGCUUAACAAAUGGCUCAAAAUGCUCAAAAAUUGGGAUAAAUAUUCUAAUGGCGAAAAGUUAAAAAGACGAAUCUAUAAGGGAAUACCCAAUGCGGUACGAGGAGAAGUAUGGUGUCGUAUACUUGACGUAGCACGUGUUAAAGUAGAACAAGAAGGAAAAUAUAAGGAGAUGAGAGAGUUGGCAAGAAAAUGGUCUCCUGAUAUUAAACAAAUUGAUUUGGAUGUGAAUAGGACUUACCGCAAUCAUAUUAUGUUUAGAGAGCGAUAUAAUGUCAAACAGCAAGCUCUUUUCCAUGUUUUAGCUGCUUACUCAUUGUAUAACACUGAAGUAGGUUAUUGUCAAGGAAUGAGUCAGAUUGCAGCUCUCUUGUUGAUGUAUAUGAACGAAGAGGAUGCCUUCUGGGCACUGUCUGUCCUGAUGAGUGAUACAAAGCAUGCCAUGCAUGGUUUCUUCAUUCCGGGAUUUCCCAAGCUAAAGAGGUUCCAGCAGCACCACGACAGGAUUCUGCAGAAGUUGCUGUCCAAGUUGAAAUCUCACCUGGACAAAUACGAGAUCCACACCAGUCUGUACACUCUGAAGUGGUUUUUCCAGUGUUUCCUGGACAGGGUUCCGUUUACGCUGACGCUAAGGCUGUGGGACAUUUACAUCUUCGAAGGGGAAUUGGUGCUGACUGCCAUGUCUUACACUCUACUGAAGUUACACAGAAAAACCCUGCUGAAGAUGGGGAUGGAGGAGCUGAUCGAGUUUCUGCAGAUCCAUCUGGAGAGAGACUUUGGGUACCACGACGACGCUGCCAUCGACGCCCUGCAGGUGUCGAUGGAGGAGCUGAAGCGCUACAAGUUGGAUCAUCCGGGAAAGGCCACUCAGGAAGAGCUACCCAGAAAACCUUUCGGCCUGAUCAUCCGACCCCCCUCCGAGUCCAAGUCCGAGAGCCACGGCGGAGAGACGGUGGCGGACAACGGAAGCGCCUCGCCGGUGUGGAAGUGGCGCGACGGAUUCGCCGCUUCCAAAUCCGGAAGCCACAGGAAGGACAACGCGGAGAACGACGACGGCAGCUCCAUCAUCGACCCACUCAGCUCCCAAAACUCCCUGGCGGAGACGUCGCAGACCUCGGCCGCCGACCUGUCCGUCGUUUCGGGUUUCUCCAGCCCGGGCACCACGCCGGGCCGGCGGGGCGACGACGAUGGGCGCGACCGAACCCCCCGCCUGCGGCGCGCCCUCUCAUUGUACGACAAUGUGGACUAUAACGAGAGCCUACUGGCGGCCGACAAGCAGUCGCGCGCUCGCUCGCCCGACACCGUCAGAAUAUUCGUGCCAUACGAGAAAUCGUCCACUCCGCCCAACGGCGACGUCACGCCCACCAACCAGGACCCCAACAAGAUCACCAUCCGCGUCAACCUGUCCUCGGAACAGUCUUCCGCCUCCAAUUACCUCUUGUGAUAAUAAAAAGAAACCACGUCCGCGGGCUACAUUCCAGGAAGGGGCCCCGUCGCCCCCUCCCCCACACUGUUAACGAUAACUCUUGUAAUAUAUACAUAUAUAUUUUUCGUCCAAAAUCCGCACAAGAGAUUCCAAAAGUCCAUGGCUAUUUAUCUAGAAGUUGCCCCAUCGCAAUAAUUUGUACCGCAUCUCUUUUUGUACACGAUCGGGUCACGUGCGUGCGUACAUAAAUACAUAUUUUCUAAACUAGUUACGUACUUCGAUCGGCGUCGUACUUCUUUUUUCGUUUUUGUACAAAUGGCCCUGUACAUAGAUUCGCGGCGCGGAGGGACGUGCGUGCGUGGCAUUGCGUGCGUGCGUGACGUCGACCAAAGGUAAUAACGAGAACUAAUUUAUUUUUAAUCCGACUUUUUUCUACGCCGCGUUUUUAAAUCGGUCCGUCGAUGGUCGGAAAGAGGAGAUAUUUUUUUUUAUUUUAUUUUUACUAAAGAGGAAGCGAAAAGGCCCGCGCGCCAACUCCACUAACGGUCCGAGAAGCGUCUAAUUGGGUCGGUGGCAUUGUGUCUCGUCUCGGUUUCAUCUGUGAUAACACAUCGUAAUCUUUCGUCCCACUGCUAGCUCUGUGUAGCAGUCUUUGUCGUACUUUAAUAAAGAUUAUUCGUAUUUAUAAA